AACUGGAUCACCGGCGGAGGGAGCUCCGCUCAGGACGAGCAGCGAGAAUCCAUGGAUGCGACAUACAUCGAACCUCCAGAGACUCCGGCUCCCGUCUUCGCCGUCCGUGCCUUCAAGCAUGCCAUAUUCGGCACGCCUCAUCAGACCGAGCCAGUCACCGUCAAGCCGGUGCGCCAAAGCGACAAGCCCUCGACUGCACGCAGAAGCCUAGACAAACAAGACGCACAUGACCAAGACGCCUUGCGGGGAAUCAUGUCGACGCCCGGAACGGCCAAGGGGCGCAAGACUGUUUCUUUUGGUGCGCAUGUGGUGGACAACGAAGGAAGGAAAUCUACUUUUGCGAAAAGCGGCUUGCCAACCAACUACCCCGGAAAGUUUCCUAGCCCGUGGACUCCGAAAAACCCCACCGAUGCAUUGCCGGAGACGAGACCGGGCUCGAGCUCCAAGUUGACCGAGAAGCUGUAUCAAGUACGGGAGUCGACAAAGGCUGAAGAAUCGAAAAAGGAGCUUUCAAGACCAAAGCCAAGAGCAAAGGACGACGGCGAUAUCACUAUUGACGUUAUGGAGCCCCGAUCCGAGUCCGGGAGAUACUGGAAAGAGCAGUUCCAAUCAUAUACAGAAAGAAGUGAGAAGGAGGUCAAGAAGCUGAUCACCAAACAGCAGUUGGCCAAAAAUUAUGCUAAGAAGAAGGACGCCGAGGCUACUGAGCUCGCAGAGAAACUUGAAACUGAGAGAAAGCAGCACAGGCAAAGAGAAAGGGAGCUGGAAGAAAACAACAAAGAUUACAAAGAACAAUUGAGGGAGGCUAUGGCAGAAAUCGCUAAGUUAAGAGCCGAAACUGGUACAUCGAAACAACGCCUGGCAGGGCACGAGGGAUCGAAGACAGGAUCUGCCAAAUCGGCAGGAUCGUCAUCAGCAUCGAAGGCUCUCCCGGAAACGCGGGCUGCGAAUGCUUAUGAUGACUUCGAGCGUGGCGUGGCUAGCCUGCAAUGCAUCCAACACGAAGGUACCCCCGUAGCCAACCGCCGCCGCACUUCCAGGGCAAAAGAUGGGGCAUCCCCAAGGAAGUUGGGUCGUUCUGCAGCCGAUGUGCGGACGGACAAAGGCAACGCAGCCGGCUCCCAAUCUAAGGCGGCGAAUGAACCAGCCAUCGAUGAUACGUGGAUGAUAGAUGACCCACCUGCUACUGUUAAUGCAACUGCUUCUGCGUCAUCAUCAAGAGGUGCCAAGACUGGCAAUGUAUCCGCAGAAACCAACGCAAGAGUGCCCGCCAGUAGAGCGAAGACAGAUAGGUCGCUCCAGCCUCAGGCCAAUGUACGGGAUUCAGCCGCAAUCAGCACAGUACCGAAUAGCCUCAGCACUGAGGCAGAUCGGAAGAGGCUUGCCAUGGAGCGUGUUCAGGCAAAAAGAAGGGAGCGGGAAAAGGAUAAAGAGAAUGCGAAGACGAACCCAGUAUUUUUGCCGUAAGAUGGAAGGGAGGGCGUAUUGGUCAAAAGUGAGAUACAGUGCUAGUUCAGGUUGGGAGGCGUCUGGGAGUGUACAUGGCCGGCGACCUGC